GUAAAACAACAAAAAGUGGAUUCGCAGCCGUGCCAUCGAGAAGCAUGUGCUAUUCAAGAAUGUUUGCAAAAAAAUAAUUACCAAGAAGAACGCUGUAAAGAUGUGAUAAACAAACUGUUUAAGUGUUGCGAAGCGUUAUUUAAAAGUGGAGGAGAAUCCGCUAGUUGUUCAAAAAAGAUGUCUAAAAAAUACGUUGCAGAGGAUGAACGCUUUGGCGUGCAGGAAA